AUGUCACUGUCGACCUCGCCCUCCUCCGUCCACCCGCCUGUCGCCAGCGUUCCCCUCCGCGAUGAGCCAGCACGAGACCGCCCCAUCGACAUGGACAGGACCAACAGUGCUCUCUCCACCACCUCGACAUCCUCUCUGCCCCCUCGCCCCCUCCCCCGCCGACGCUCCACAGACGCCUCGGGCGGCCUCGAUUACUAUUGGUCAUCCCUCGCCGGCGCCGGCGCGUCGAGUUCGUCUUCUUCCCUCGCAUUGUCACUUGCGUCCCCCGGCGGGGGCAGUGCGAUGGCGCUCAGUCCGCCUGUAGGGAAUGCAAGUCUGAGCGCGUCCCCCAGCGCUACUGGGCUAAAGCAAGUGAGGAGCCAUGGGAAUCUGGGAAUGCAUGCUGGAGGUGGGAGGCAGAAUUCGGAUGGAGGAUACUUUGGGUACGGCCAGCAGACUCACUUGGGUGCGCCACAAAGACCAUACUAUAACCGCGCCGACUCUGGAUCGUCCACGGAUUCCCAGAACCCCAAUCCAAACUACAUCUCUUCGCCUCUAUCCAUCUCGGGCAAUCGUCCCCUGGCUGCUGAUCAUCUCGCAUCCAGCCCCGGAGGCUGGUCGGCUACGAGCAACUAUUCCAAAUCUGCCACAUCGGGCCUGUCGGUUGCAGGGUUGGACUUGCAGCAGAGACAGUGGUCGUAUACUACGGACGAGAGCUCGUCGAGCGAUAGCCAAUACUCACCCGUGAGCUACCGCAAAAAGCUGGACGAGCCCACUCAAGAUUCUUCGGCGCAAGACAGACGCUGGCAAGUCCGUUCCAGUGCACAAUCCGGUACGACCUACGUCCCCGACAAGGAAGAUACCUCCGACGUCCCACCCCCCAAACCCCAACCCGAGAUGCAAGACAAAGACUGGGAAAAGACACCCCGCGAGGCAGAGGUGGAGCAAUUCACAACGCCGACUGCUGCAGCCUGGCAAGAACGGCCUGAUCUGCGUCCUCCGCAGUUUGUAUUUGCCGCUGGAGAUAGAGCGGGGGAGAGGCUGUCGCCGGGUUCAAACUCGAGCCAUACGCAUACCCAGGGGAGGGGUACGCCUGUGACGGGUACGAGCUCUGCCAGUCGGUAUACACCCACCAACCCACCCUCCUCUGCGCAGCCCUCAUCUCCCUAUAUCCGCACGCCGCAAAGUGCUGGCAACCCCACAGGCCCUUUGGCCCAUUUCGCCGCGAAUAGAGAGACACCGAGGAGCGCGCCCGCUUGGAAAUCCGAAUUUGAGCCGAGUGGAGGGCGUGCUGAGGGCAAAGAGAAAAAUACGGUGAAGGGGAGGAAUAGGAGGACGUUGCCUGCUGUUGCGCCCAGUAGCUCGACUGAUUUGGCGGGUAUCAUGAACGGGGAUCAAGCAGACCAACCUAUACUGGUAUUUCCAGUGACGUCCGAGCCCGAACCCAUCAACAAAGCUCUACCGACCAUAACACAUACCCCACACUCCCCCUUUCCCUCCCCACCACCCAAAGACGACAGACCUCCCACCAAAACCAACCUCUCCUCCUCCUCCCUCGCUUCCUCAUCUUCGUCUCUUUCUGCACCCCCCGCGAGGCCUGAUCGUUCGCCCUCGAGGGGUACUGCUCCGACGUCCACAUUUAUAACCUCGCCGAGCAUUUCCGAGUUGACAGAGAUGCUGGGAGGCGCGAUAGAUGAGAUUGGAUUGAUCGAUUCGAGGGAUACGCCCCCGCCCAACAUGAGUGCCCCGCCCAAAAAUGCUGGUUCUGUUUCUUCCGAUUCCAACUCUAGUGCGAGUAGUGGACUUGAAAAGAGGCCGCAGAUGAGUUUGGAUACGGAUGUGUCGGGAGAUGGAAAAGGUCUUGAACCGCCGGCAGAGCUGGUGAAUAAGGCAGAGAAGGACCCGAUCACACCGACAUCUUUGCCUCAGAGAGGCAUGUCGUUGUCGGCGAGUGGAGACGCGGAGGAGGAAGGUCAAGCAGGGAUGGGCGUCGCAUCGACUCUACCCGCAUCUCCUACCUGUACUUCUCCCUCGGAUUACCAUUCGCCCCUGCCUGAGCACCAUUCAUUGCCUGGGGGAACAGUCAACUACCCACCGCUCCCCCGGCCUUGGCCCUCGGCAAUGCAGACGACUCAGAUCAAAUCUCUCGCUUCUCCGGGCGCCCGUGCGCUGGCCUAUGCGCGCGCCAUCAACGAGCUGUCGCGCGGCGAUACCGGCUUGGGCUGGUGGUGCACCAAUAUGCAGGGAGAGAUGAAUCGGCCCAUCAGCGGGAGCAGGGCCCCGAAUAUGAGGAAAUUGAAGAUGGGGUCUGUCAACUCGGCGGGCGGUGGGGGUGGGUUGGUCAUUUCCGAACCGAGCAACUUUAUACAGGGCACGCCGGUGUCGCCUUCAGCUCCCCCGAUGCUGGACCUUGCACCAGUCAUUCCGCAUCCGAGGAAUGUGAGCACCGGCUCAGAAUUCCCUAUGCGCGCAGACUCUUACUCUGCGCGCGAAAUCUCGCAACGCGUCGUCGACCCUACCGACCAGCCCACCGCUCUCCCUGCCAACUUGCCGUACCCGCAAGUGCAGCAAGCUGUCAAUAACCCCGGGUUCAAUGGUGGAGGUGGUCUGAGGCCGAGUCAGUCGAUGCAGUCGGUAUCGAGCUUCACGUCGGGGAAGAAGGGAUUCUUCUCGGCUAUCCGGAAGGGCGGAUCGAAGAAGGAGAGCAUGUCCCUCGGUCCGCCCACCUCUUCGCCUAUAGCUACCUCGCCUGGGGGAAGUGUGGGGAGAAAGGAUAUCCGUGGUUUACCUAUCUCUGCCCCUCGCGCGGGCACAGCCAGCCCCCAAAAAUCCGGCGCCGAAAGCCCAGGCGGCCUUCAAGCCCCUCGCGUCCAAGCUUCCAUCUCACCCAUGGGUCCCCGAGGUCCGCGUUCAGCAGUAUCACCCAAAGCUUCCUCUCCCUCUCAGUCUCCAUCGCGUAAACAUCAUGGGCGGUCUAGUCUUGAUACGGGCUUGGCGAGGAUGAUGCCCCCGCCGGUUUUGGGUAGGGGCGAGAGGGAGGGGAGAGGGAGUUUGGAUGGGGGAGUGGUUGUCAUUGGGAAAGAGCGCCAGAUACCUAUCAGUGCGCCGUCACCCUUGUCUGCUGGAUCUGGAGCGGGAGGGGUCAGUGGGAUAGAUGAUAUUAGGACGAUGGUGGAUGUGUUGCCGCACGUGGAGAAGAGCGUAUUGAGAGCGUACCUUGUGAAUAAUGGGAAUGACCAGAUGAGGGCUCUUGGGGCGUAUCUGGAAGACGAGAGACAUGGGACAGUGCGGUAUUGA